UGACGUUUCUUUCAGUCUGUGUACAGUUGGUUGAGUUAGUAUAUAAAGUGAAACGAGUAAUUUCCUUAUCAAUACAACAAACGUUAAUAACUUGAUAAAUAGCAAUGAAUACCACAACUACUCGUUCUCAUACAAUGAACGACGUUUGUCAUUGACCCAGAGGCUAAAUGCUCGGUAUGUAACGCAGAAGAGCACACAACAGCGUCAAAAUUCGUACCAAGAGACAAAAUGUGUUAUCAAAUGUGCUGGCUCGACGUGGGCUGAUAUGUACCAUAAUCUUAAUUUUAAGUCUUCUUAUAUUUAUUAAUUAUCUUAUAGAGUUUUGUGCAGUUACCAAAAUAAAUUAUAACUACAAUAGCUUAAAGAAGAAAGACAAUACCAAAAUGGUAAACUUUUAUGGUGAGCUGAAGAAAGGUUUUACUGGUGAUAAUAAUGUAACUACAAUUCCUACCAGUCAAAACACAUGGGAAAAAUGUGAAGUGAUACACUUAGGAUUUGUGUGCUCGGGUUUUAAGUCAAAUUUGUAUCUGCAUACAAUGUUAAAAAGUCUUUUAUUUCAUCGACAUAACCCAUUGCAUCUGCAUAUUGUGGUUAAUAAAUUUUCUGAGAAUGUACUCAGGACAUUAUUUGAUACUUGGAGAAUUCCAAAAUUGAAUGUUAGUUACUAUGAAAUGAAUCCACUUCUCCCUGAUGUUCGAUGGGUACCAAAUAGUCAUUAUUCUGGCCUUUAUGGCCUUUUAAAGUUAACUUUUGAUAAGUUCAUUCCAAAGGAAGUGGAUAAAAUUAUUGUUUUGGAUACAGAUCUUACAUUUAUUAGUGAUAUCAAUGACUUAUGGCAAUUGUUUAGUGAGUUUGGCUAUAAUCAGGCAAUUGGAUUGGUUGAAAAUGAGAGUGACUUUUAUUUGUCUAGCAAACGAACAGUUUGGCCAGCGAUAGGCAAAGGGUUUAACACUGGAGUGAUACUCUAUCGCUUAGAUAAGUUGCGUUUGAUCGCCUGGGAUAAACUAUGGAAUCGCGUGGCAAAGAAAGCAGCGAUGCUCUACGGCGCAACAUCAUUGGGCGAUCAAGACAUAAUGAACACCGUAUUGAAACAGUAUCCGAAUUUGUUGCAUGAAGUGCCUUGUUACUGGAACACACAGUUAAGUGAUCACACAACUAGUCAUCAAUGUUAUAGCAGUAAUCAAAUUAAGAUUAUCCAUUGGAAUUCUCCAAAAAAGAUCAAAGUUAUCAACAAGGACGGGGUCUAUUUUCGUAGUCUGUAUACGACGUUUUUGGAAAUGGAUGGAUACUUAGUUACCACAAGUCUGUAUGAUUGUGCCAAUGAUUCGACGCCAGCUGAGACCCCAACAGACGUUUGUUUUCAGUUUAAACAGGCAAAAGGCAAUAAGUGGCGCACGCUCCUAUUUUUCCGAAACUUUGAAUACAUUCCAGUUAGUAAUGAUGUUACAUUCGUGGCUCAACUUUCCUAUGAUAGACUACAAAUGGUCGAACAACUAUCAAAGCAAUGGGAGGGCCCAAUUUCUUUGACAUUGUAUGUGACUGAUCCCGAAUUUCAGCAAGCACUUCAUUAUAUUGACAAUUCUGAAGUGCUACAAGAAAGAACAAAUAUUGCAUACCAUGCAGUAUUCAAAAAAGGGGAUUAUCAUCCUAUAAAUUUACUUCGUAAUGUAGGUUUGAAAAACGUAAACACACCUUACGUGUUUCUGGCGGACAUAGAUUUUCUUCCAAUGUUUGGACUACACCAGACUCUUCGAAAUGCUAUUGCAUCUUUAAAAGUUAUGAAUAAAAAGGCUUUAAUUGUCCCAGCAUUUGAAUCUCAGCGAUAUCGAAGUCGUUUUCCGAAGAAUAAACAUGAACUUUUACAAAUGUUGGAAAACAAAGCUAUAUUCACCUUCAGGUACGAUGUGUGGGCUUCCGGUCAUGCGCCAACGAAUUAUUCAAGAUGGAAAACAGCUCAAUCUCCGUACACUAUCAAAUGGGAACCAGAUUUUGAGCCAUAUAUAGUAGUGAAGAAAAAUGUUGUCGAAUAUGAUGCAAGUUUCAUAGGAUUUGGUUGGAAUAAGGUGUCGCACAUCAUGGAAUUGGAGUGCCAAAACUAUGAGUUCAUUGUACUACACAAUGCAUUUAUUGUACACAAACCUCAUUCGCCCAGUUACGAUAUAAUCAAGUUUCGCAAAGAUCCCAUCUAUCGAAUGUGUUUGCAAAAUUUGAAAGAGGAGUUCGUUGAAGGACUCCAAACAAAAUACGGGCGAAUGUUUGAGAAGUCCAACAGACAUGAAUUCGAGCCACCAAGUGAGGAGUAAUCGUAGUAUUAUUGUAUAAAUAAAUUAUCAAGAAAGAGCAGCCAAAUAUUAUGAAUAGUGAUAUACAACAAUGUAGAUAUUGAAAACCGUUCCUGUUAUCUUGAGAAAACAAAAAUAUAUUAUAUUUAAAAAAUAUUACAAAAUUUAUUUAAGUCUACCUUAGGAAACGUUUCUUUGCUUUGUUAAUCUAAGAUUAAGUAAAGUUAAACUUGUCUUUUAAUUUAUAUCAACUCCCUCAUGUGUACGUAAUUUUUGUAAGCAUAUACAAGUCCACCUAAGCCUUUCACAGAAUAAAUGAGUUUAAAGUUGUUUACAAGUGUAGAUAAUCGUCACACUGUUAUCCAGCAACGACGAGUAAGCGCUAGAAAACAAGUGAUAACUUUCGUAAAAAUAUCGCUUAAUAUAUAAAUCGACAAUCAAGCCACGGACGUAACAAAUAAACCAUUAAUUGUGCGCAUAUGUGUACUAAUAAGCAAGUAAAUAAGAAGUAAACCCGAUAAAAUUACGAUAAGUAAUUAUGACAUUAAACGUUCAUCAAUAGGAUAUUAUUUUGCACCACAUAAUUUGGUGUCGUCAUGAUGCCAUCAGUUUGUUACCAAUUGGAUCGGGUUGUUCUUAUCGGGAGAUACUGUUAGCAUCUUAUGAUUUGAACGCGGAGUAAAUGAAAUACGCCUUGUUGCUGACUUGCUAAUCAGUCGCUCCGAGCACAUCACAUCGACACCAGCAUCCUUUUAAGUGCCAGCCAAAGAGGAAAAAUGAGUGACGACGUAAUUCGUACAAAGAGUUUGGGCACCUCAUCGGAGGGUGUACGCGACCAGUACGCCGAUGGGAAGGCUGCUAAAGUUUGGGAACUAUUCA